CUGACGGCUCGGCCCGGGCACCGCCCUCAGUCCCCAGGCGCAAGCUGACUAGGGUGGUUGGGACCGUUAGCUGGCCAGGCUGGCAGGCUCCGGGGCGCUACUCCACUGGCGGCCGGGAUGGAGACGAUGCGAGCGCAGAGGCUGCAGCCUGGUGUGGGCACCAGCGGGAGGGGCACUCUCCGAGCGCUGCGGCCCGGAGUGACUGGGGCCACGGCUGCCGCCGCCACACCCCCUGCGGGCCCCCCGCCUGCCCCGCCGCCUCCCGCACCGCCUCCGCCGCCGCUGCUCCUGUCUGGGGCCCCCGGACUGCCCCUGCCCGCCGGCGCUGCCGGGAGUCCGGCAGUGCUGCGAGAGGCCGUGGAGGCCGUGGUGAGGAGCUUCGCCAAGCAUACGCAGGGCUAUGGCCGAGUGAAUGUGGUGGAGGCCCUUCAGGAAUUCUGGCAGAUGAAGCAAUCCCGUGGGGCUGACUUGAAGAAUGGGGCUCUAGUGGUUUAUGAGAUGGUUCCCUCCAACAGCCCUCCGUAUGUCUGCUAUGUCACCCUGCCUGGGGGAAGUUGCUUUGGGAGUUUCCAGUUUUGCCCCACCAAAGCUGAGGCCCGGAGAAGUGCUGCAAAGAUUGCGCUAAUGAAUUCUGUGUUUAAUGAACAUCCUUCCCGAAGAAUCACUGAUGAGUUCAUUGAGAAGAGUGUCUCUGAGGCCCUGGCAUCUUUCAAUGGCAACAGGGAGGAAGCUGACAACCCAAAUACAGGGAUUGGUGCCUUCCGAUUCAUGCUGGAAUCCAACAAGGGCAAAUCAAUGUUGGAGUUCCAGGAGCUAAUGACAGUUUUUCAACUGCUGCACUGGAAUGGCAGCCUGAAGGCCAUGAGGGAACGACAGUGCUCUCGGCAGGAGGUGUUGGCUCAUUAUUCACACCGGGCCCUGGAUGAUGAUAUUCGCCACCAAAUGGCCUUGGACUGGGUGAGCCGGGAGCAGAGUGUGCCGGGGGCACUGUCUAGAGAGCUGGCCUCCACUGAGCGGGAGCUGGAUGAAGCUCGACUGGCAGGCAAGGAGCUGCGCUUCCACAAGGAGAAGAAAGAUAUUCUCAUGCUGGCUGCUGGGCAGCUGGGCAAUAUGCAUUCUUCCAACUGCUAGGCAUCCACCCACAUACUUGCCAUCCUCUCCAAGGCCUUUUUUGUAUGUCUCCUUUCUAAGAUUUAGGAUGACGUUUUGUACAUACUUUCUCAAUUUUAUACUUAAAUAUAUAUAUAUAUAUAUAUAUAUAUGUACAUGUAUAAAUUCUACACCUAGAUUCCUAUUUGCUAAGAGACCCCUUUUCUUACUUCCAGCUUUUGGAUGCACUUUUAUUUGCAACACCUUUACUCCACUUUACAAGAAAGAGCAGGUGGUCUUUGAAGCUUUGUUAGCUCCUAAACUGCCAGUGACUUCUGUAGUCAUUUCAGUAGCACCAAGAUUGGCUCGGUGUUCAUGUAUCUCAGUCUUUUCAAGUAUCAGGAUGAGGAUUAUAUGCCCCAUCCUUACUCUCACUCCUGCUUCCUCUUGGGCUCCAACAUGGUACGAGUAUGAAGAUCCUGCCUUUAGUUCUUGAACCGAACCUGCUUGGUAUCCCUUUCCUCCCACCGCUACCUUACUCCUCGCUGCCUCCAAAUGCCGCUUUGUUUUCAGGCUUCCCUACCUUACUAUUCUGAAGGAAGAAGAGAUCUUGCUUCUGAAACCACUCCUAAGAAACUGCCCAGGGACAAGGUAAAUUACAAACAGUUCAUGGGAGUUUACUACCCAAGUUGCUUCUAGGGCAUAUGCAUACCAUACUAAUGGUCUAGAUUUCUGGCUAUACGCUACAGUAAGAUGGGGGUUUUGUUUGAAACUGAUUAUCUUUCAGUAUUUCUUCUGCACAUCUCCCCUCCUCACCCAGCUUAGUUAAACCCUGUGUUUAGACCUUCCUGCCUGCAGAUAUUAGUAGAAGGUAAAACAUAUUUCCAUAUUUCCCUUCAGCCAACAUUUUAUUUUUUGGAAGCGUCAUCAGUCCUAUUUGGUUAGUGAGGACCAUGUUCCCCAUAUUCCCGCUACGUUGCUGCUGUUUACUGCCUUAGAGUCUCACUUGUUUUCUCUCUUUUCUUUCCUCUUGUUCUACAUGAAUAUGAGUUCAUCAGAAAAAUUAAAUGAGACUUUAGUAUUUUGGCACUUCCUAAUUGAUACCUUCAGAGGCUGCAGGAAGGGAAAGAGAAUCAAUGAUCAACUAUUUGUGUGUGUGUGUGUUUUUUUUUCCUGGAUACAGAGUCUUGCACUGUUACUCAGGCAGGAGUGCAAUGGCAUGAUCUCAGCUCACUGUGACCUCCACCUCCCAGGUUCAAGUGAUUCUCCUGCCUCAGCCUCCCGAGCAGCUGGGAUUACAGGCACAUGCCACCUUGCCUGGCUACAUUUUGUAUUUUUAGUAGAGACAAGGUUUCACCAUGUUGGCCAGGCUGGUCUUGAACUCCUGACAUCAGGUGAUCCACCUGCCUUGGCCUCCCACAGUGCUGGGAUUACAGGCAUGAGCCACCGUGCCCAGCCUAUCUGUGUCUUUAAUACCAUUCUUCCCCACCUCUCUCCUGGGUGACAUAAGAGAAAAACAAACUGGAGUAGAGUAGCUAAAGUGGUCUCCUUUGGGAGAAUUUUUUGGAGGUCUCUAAUAGACAUAUCCCCCUUGUUUCUGUCAUCUCUUUUAUACCACAUUAUUGUUCCAUGUACUUUCUAAACUGAGCAUGGGAAGUUUAGUUUUCCUGCAAUUGGACUUUCCACUUAACAAUUAUACACUUUACCCUUAGAAAAGAUUAGGUUCCAAACAGAAAGUUCAAGUGUAACAACAAAAAGAAAUAGAUUAGGAACUGGGCCAUCAUUUGCUCUUUUGGAUUUGAUAGAGGCAAGAUGAAAGGCAGCUUCUUGCUUUUGAAAUCAUGGUGACGAGUACUAUGGGAUUAGAGGUAGGGAAUCCAGCUACACUUUUACUGGGGCUUGAAACAGGCUUCCUUGAAUUCUCCAGGCCUCAUCAUUAUUUUUUUCUUACCAAUCAGAAGAGAGGUAGAGUUCUGAAGUCCCAUCUUUGUAUUCCAUGAAACACACGGUGGGUUGGACUAAAGCACAAACUGCUAGACGUACCAGGUGUGUGUGUUUGUGUGGAUAUUUAUAACCUGCACUCGUCAACGCUCCAGCUUCUCCUGUGCUCCCUUCUCUGAGAAGAAGUGUGGGUUAAGUGCUGUGAGUUGUGGGAAGAAUUGCCCUUGUACCUCCUGGAUUUAUUACUUUCCUCAAAUACCAACCAGUAAGAUUCCCAAACAGCUUGAGAAAAAUUGUUUCCUGAUCUGUCCACUUUCGGUGUCAAAGAUUUUACUCAUCUUCUUAGUACAUUCUAUGUAUUUUAUAUGUAUAAUUUUAUACAAUUAAAAAUAGAUUUUUGUCUAGUGA